AUGCCAAUACCAAGCCAAUCUCAAAUUGCUGUGGUUCUUGCUGAACUAGGAUGGAACGAAGCUCAUGCUAUUCCUGUAGCUAAUGAAGCUAACCAAAAGUUACUUACUAGAUUUGAAGAAUUACAGAAUUCAUUGUUUCAACGAACAAAUCAAUUGGACAUUGAACAUUCAAAAGUGAAUCAAUUGAAAACUCAUAUGAAAAAUGUUCAACAAGAAAUUGAUUACACUAGAUCAUUGUGUAAUCUACGUGAUAAAGAGAUUAAAGAGGAAAUUAAUCAAUUAAAAUUAUCAGAAAGAGAACAUCAACGUCUUAUACAAGAGAGUAAAAAAGUUGAACAAAUUCAACAGGAUAUAACUGAGAAGAAGAGUUUUUUAGAGACAUUAUUCUAUCAGAAAAGGAAAGAAUUAGAAAAUUCUUCUAUCAAUAUUGAUUCGAAUAAAAUUUCUUUAGAAAAUCUUAUGAAAACAAUCGGUGAAUAUGAUGAAGAUAUGAAAAUUGUUGAGAAGUACAUUAAACAGGAUAAUACAAAGAUUAAAGAGUUGGAUUUAGAAGUUGAAAAAACUGACAAAACACCGAAAUGA